AUGAUCGGUCUCCUAUCGUCCUGGUUCAAGGAUUUCACUCGGCCAAUGCUACCAUAUCUGCGCUACUCGAGGCAUUAUUUCCGCACUCUGCCUCGUGCCUUUGAUGGAGCGAAUACUCCUGUCUCACUGAAUGGGCCCACAAAGUCUGGAUUCUUAACCUGGGUGAGAGACUAA